UCUUGCUUUCUAAACUCAUAGAUGUUGAUAGAUUGUUGCUUUCGCUCUCAUUCCCUGAUUUGUGAUUCUUCAUUAUCCCGCCUCAUGCGCAGCACUCACCUCUAUUAAGCCCCCGCCCCAAACAGCGGACCUCGAAUCCAAACCUGCGACCGCGUUUCAUACCUGUCGGCCAGGUACAGCAACCGGAUUGCUCUUAUGAGGUAGAGUCUUUCGUGCGAUAUAGACCCUCCUCGCGAUUCAGCUAUACUCUCUACUCAUGUCGUCCCAUCCCACCCACUCCGCCGCCGCGUCGCCCAAUCUAGCGGAGCGUCCCUCGUCACAGCCGAUGGCCAAGGCUGGCACAGAAAGCGGAGUCCCUGCUCCCUCGACGAGCUCGAAGCGCGAUUACAAGGGGUUUGUUGCGGGGGUCUUUUCUGGGAUUGCGAAGCUAUCAGUUGGACAUCCGUUCGAUACGGUCAAAGUGCGUCUACAGACUAGUCAUGAAUCGCACUUCCGAGGUCCGGUCGAUUGUGUAAUGCAGACGGUGCGCAAGGAGGGAGUCAGUGGGUUGUAUAAAGGAGCUACGCCGCCGCUGGUCGGCUGGAUGGUUAUGGAUUCGGUCAUGUUGGGGUCGUUGACGUUAUACCGCCGGUUGCUACUCGAGAACAUCUUUUCCAAGCCGCACAUACGAGCUAUGACGCCGGGGAGCAGUCGCCAGACCGACCCCAACACACUACCGAGCUUUGGUCAUGGUAUCGCGGGUAUCAUGGCGGGGACGACGGUCAGCUUUAUUGCAGCGCCGGUGGAGCACGUCAAGGCGCGACUGCAGAUCCAGUAUUCGGCGGACAAGACGAAGCGCAUGUACUCGGGCCCGAUUGACUGCGUGCGGAAACUGCUUCGGACGCACGGAAUCUCCGGGCUUUAUCGCGGCCUGUGCGCCACCAUCGUCUUCCGGUCGUUCUUUUUCUUCUGGUGGGGCUCGUAUGAUGUUCUGACGCGGUUGAUGAAGGAAAAGACCAACUUGUCGGCUCCUGCGAUUAAUUUCUGGGCUGGCGGCGUCUCGGCGCAGAUCUUCUGGCUCACCUCAUAUCCAUCGGACGUGGUUAAGCAGCGGCUGAUGACGGACCCAAUGGGAGGAGCCCUGGGCGACGGGGAGCGACAGUUUCGCCGGUGGAAGGAUGCGGCGGUCGCGGUGUAUCGGGAGCGAGGGCUGAAAGGGUAUUGGAGAGGAUUUGUACCGUGUUUCCUGCGCGCAUUCCCGGCGAAUGCCAUGGCUUUGGUUGCAUUCGAGGGGGUGAUGCGUCCAAUCACCCUGCUACUGGCGGCCUUGCUAGCCUUCGGCUUCCUGUGUUUCCUGCUUUCCCCCUCGUCCUCCGCCGCCGCUCCUGCAGCCGCUGCGGCCGGCAACGCGCCCGAUCUCGACUCGUCGCAACUCCGCCGCGAAGACGCCGCGGAACACCCGCUCUCGCCGCCGACGAAACCCUUCCUGAAAGCCCAAGCCGUGCGGGAGGACGGCCACGCGGCGGCGCCGCCGGUGGAACACUACAAUCUGAACGCGCUGACCAGCACCAGCGAGGCGGCGCAGAAGGGCGAGCGCGUGCUGAUCCUGACGCCGCUGGCGCGCUUCUACCAGGAAUACUGGGACAAUGUGGUCGCGCUGAGCUACCCGCACGAGUUGAUCUCGGUCGGGUUCAUCAUCCCCAAGACCAAGGACGGCAACGCGGCGGUCGCGGCGCUGGAGCGCGCCAUCAGCCAGACCCAGAACGGACCUGUCGCUCAGCGGUUCGCCAGCAUCAGCAUCCUGCGGCAGGACUUCGAGCCGCCGAUCCAGUCGCAGGACGAGAAGGAGCGGCAUAAGCUGGAGAACCAGAAGGCGCGCCGCGAGUCGAUGAGUCUGGCGCGCAACAGUUUGUUAUUCACGACGCUGGGCCCCAGCACCUCGUGGGUGCUGUGGCUGGACUCGGACAUCGUCGAGACGCCGCCCACGCUGAUCCAGGAUCUGACGGGCCACGACCGCGCGGUGAUCGUGCCCAACUGCUUCCAGCGAUACUACAACAAUGAUGCGAAGAAGAUGGAUGUGCGGCCGUACGAUUUCAACUCGUGGAUCGAUAGUUCCACGGCGCAGCAGUUGGGGGAUACCAUGGGGCCCGACGAGAUCCUGUUGGAGGGGUACGCGGAGCUCCCGACGUAUCGGAGUCUGAUGGCGUACAUGGCCAACAAGGACUAUCCGCAGCCGGGGCGGGAGAUUCGGCUGGACGGCGUGGGGGGGACGGCGCUGAUGGUCAAGGCGGAUGUGCACCGUGAUGGGGCGAUGUUCCCGGCGUUCCCAUUCUAUCAUCUGGUUGAGACGGAGGGAUUUGCCAAGAUGGCGAAACGAUUGGGGUAUGAGGUGUUUGGGCUGCCGGAUUACUUUGUAUAUCACUACAACGAGUGAUUGCCGUUGAUCUCAUGCGCUGUGCGCUGUGCGCUUAUGGUGUGUUGAUAUUGCCUUGGUGUUUGGGGGGUGUAUGCAUAGAGUUGAUAUAACAACAUACACUGUGGAUGAUGGAUGAGCUUAAUAUGAGCAAGAAAACUCGAUGAUAGAGAUCUGAUAUACAAAACAAAAUAACAACCCUGUUGAUGACGAUGAC